ACAAAGGGAAGAAUGUUCUGAAUGAACUGAAUAAACGUUCCAAAUACAAGAUACUAUUAAAAACUCUGAAGUGGAAUGAAACAUGCACUUGAAUGUUUGAAGUUAUUUAAGCAGCCAGCUAGCUCUGCCAGUCAGCAUUUAUAACCUCUACUUUUAAGGGCCUUGACAAACAGUACCAAGGUUCUGACCUUAAACUUAAAUUCCUUGAACUCUUGUGCCUAUGAGCAUGCACCCAACAUUCCUUCCCUAGCAUGCACUUUACUAGUCACAAGGAGCCAUCAGCAAUGAAUGCCCUGGUGGGAAGCAUGACUUACAAAGAAGCUAACAAGUUCUGAGAAAGAGAGAGAUAAACACAGUUAGCAAACCACUAUCUCUGAGCAGAUCGUCCUUUAAGUAUGUCAAGAUCCAGACCUUUCAGUGUCACUUCAGUGAUCUCAACAACAGGAACCUUGUGUAUGCCACUAUUCCAGUUGGUGCUCUCGGAUCUACCAUGUGAAGAAAAUGAAAUGUGUGUAAAUUAUAAUGAUCAACACCCUAAUGGUUGGUAUAUCUGGCUCCUCCUGCUGAUUUUCCUGGUGGCUCUUCUUUGUGGAGUAGUGCUCUUAUGUCUCCAGUGCUGUCUGAAGAGACCCCGAAUUGACUCCCAAAGACGCACAGUGGCCGUUGUUGCUGUUGGAGACUUGGACCCCAUUUAUGGGACAGAAGCAGCUGUGAGUCCAACUGUUGGAAUUCACUUUCAAACCCCAAACCCUGAACUGUUUCCUGUUCCAUGUUUUGGCACAUUAAGCCCCCCACCUCCAUAUGAAGAAAUUCUAAAAACAAGCCAAUUUUAGAUCUGGAUCAUCAAUUUAAAGUAUUAGAAACAUUUGUAAUUCUAAAACAUCAAAUUUAGGAACAAUUCUUUCAUUUAAUGGAAAUUCCCAGAGAUCUAUUAAUAUAGUCUGAAAAAAGACAAAUAGACAAAAGAAUGGAUGUGGAGAAAGAAUUUUGGUCAUGGAGAUGUUUAAAUAGUGAGUCAGUGGAUUCUUGAUGUAUCACAGCUGUGUUAUACUUUUAUGCUACACAAUCAAGUUAAUGUCUCUCUAUUAAUACCCCAAUAGGCAGUAAUUAGGUGCUAGAAGUAGUCUCCAUUACAUGUAGGAUUCCACGUCAGUACACAUCACACCAUUCUCUGCCUCAAUAUCUCUGUCUUAAUCUGAUGUCUCGCCUAGUAUGGAGUCCAUACAAAUUAUCAUAAUUUAACAAUAGUCUAAGCACAUGUUCAGACCUAGAGCCAGAGAGAGAGUAUUUGAAUUAGAGUGAGGAGAGAGAAUAGGAAGAAGCACAGUUUGGAGUUGAAGGGUGAAGGAUAAAUGAACAGGAAAAGAUUACAAGUCUCAGUUUAAGAGGUCAUAUGCCUCAUCUUGAGGAGGGAGAAAGUUUAGAUAGGAGUUGAAGGAGAUUUCUUAAGACAUGGGGCAUAUGUAAUGCCACUAUAGGGAGAGAAAGAUGAAUUUCAUUUUAUGUGGUGAAUGUGGGCUCAGAAGUCCACAGCCUUUCUCUGGUGCCUCAAAGUUUAGCAUUUAUUGCAAAACCAUGAUAAGAACUUUUAAGAAACUUUGGCAUCAAUGUCAGUGUCCUCAUGGAAGACUCUGACUGCAGAAGUAGCAGUGAGACAUCUUCAAGGGGCAUUUUGGCAAUUGCCAUCAGCAGCAGGGCAGGAGAAGAAAUCCAUGGAAGAUGCCAUAUGGUCUUUAGCUGACAAAUUUGUUUAACAAAACCAUUGAUAUCUCCACUUGGCCAUCAAUAGAUACCUAAAAUUUAACUUGACCGAACUUAUCUCCUCAUCUUCUUUUCCCAAAUCUGUUUUAUCCAAACCUUCCCCAUCUCAGUUAAUGGUAACUGCAUCCUUCCUGUUGAUCAGUCCUCUCUUUGUGUUACUUCCCACAUUCACUUUCUCAAAAAUCUUAUUGACACUACCUUCAAAAUAUGCUUAGAUUCUAAACAGUUCCUACUUGCUACAAGCAUCUAAUGAUGCAUGAGUAGCUAAACUCAUCUGUUUGCUACUGCCUUUGCCAUCCUGUAUUCUAUUUGCAACACAAUAGCCAUAGUAACCAUUUUUAAUAGACUAUUUUUAGAGCAGUUUUAAGUCCACAGCAAUAUUGAGCAAAAGGUACAUAGAUUUUCCAUAUCCCCAUACUCCCACACAUGUAUAGCCUCCCCCAUUAUCAAUAUUUCCUGCCAGAGUGGUACAUUUGUUACAACUGAUGAGCCUACACUGAUACACCAUUAUUACUCAAAGUCCAUAGUUUAUAUUAAGGUUCACUCUUGGUGUUAUACAUUCUAUGUGUUUAACAAUUCCAUGAUGACAUGUAUCCACCAUUACAGUAUCAUACAGAGUAGUUUCACUGCCCUUAAAUGUCUUCUGUGUUCUGCCUCUCCAUUCCUCCCUCCCCUCUGACUCCUGGCAGCUGCUGAUGGUUUUGCUGUCUCCAUAACUUUGCCUUUUUCAGAAUGUCAUAUAGUUAAAGUGAUACAGCAUGUAGCCUUUUAAGAUUAUCCUCUUUAAUUUAGUAAUAUGCAUACAAGUUUCUUCUAUGUGUUUGAAUGGCUCGAUAGCUCAGUUCUUUUCAGCACUGAAUAAGAUUUCAUUAUGUGCAUGUACCAGUUUAUCCCUUCACCUACUGAAGGACAUCUUGGUUGCUUCCAAGUUUUGGAAAUUACGAAUAAAGCUGCUGUCAACAUCCAUGUGCAGGUUUUGUGUGGGCAUCCAUUUUUAACUCCUUUGAGUAAAUACCAAAAGCACCCUUCUUGGAUCGUAUGUUUAGUUUUGUAAGAAACCACCAAACUGUCUUCCAAAGUGGAUAUACCAUUUUGUGGUUCCAAUAGCAAAGAAUGAGAGUUCUCAUGGCUCCACAUUCUCACCUGCAUUUGGUACUGUUGGUGCUCUGGAUUUUGGCCAUUCUAACAGGUGUGUAGUGGUAUAUCAUAGAUUUUUAAAAUUUGAGUUCUCUGAUGACAUAUGAUAUCGAGCAUCUUUUGAUAGGUAAUCUUUUUACAAUAUAAGGAGCAUCACCACGUCCCUGAACUAAACUCUGAGAUACCACACCUCAGUCAGAGAAAAUGCCCAAGUCCUUGCCACAUAGCAUUAUAUGAUCUGUACCACUCUCAGGUCUCUUUUCUUAUGAUUACUCAUUUGCUCUGGGAACAUUUGUACUCAAACCUACCAGGUAUUAUCCUACUUCCAUCUUGCUGUUCCUUGUGUUUUUCACCCUCUUCUGCCUGAUAUUUACAUUGCUUCACCCUUCACAUCUUUUAAGUCUUUGUUUUAAAGUUACUUUUUCAUUGAGACCAACCCUGAUUAUUCUGCUUUAAAUUACAGCCUCUCCCAACCCUGGAACUCUCCAUCACCUUAUCUCAGAUACACUUUUCCUUUUUUCCAUAGCACUUACUGUUUUUUACUAUACUAUGCAGCUGAAUUCUAUUUAUAGUCAGAUGUUUGUCUUCUCCUGCUAGAAUGUAAAUCCAUGAGUAGAGGAAUCAUUGUCCUAUUCACUGCUUUGUACCCAAGUGUCUAAAGCACCUUCUCGAUAUGUAGUAUGUAUUAACCUGAUUCUGUAAGAAAUGUUCCCUAGUUCUGGAAAUUCCCCCAAAUAAUGAGUAUUUGAUGGGCACGAAAUCUUAGGAAAGUAAAUAUGGGUAAAAGUCAGGGACAACUGACUCAGUGCUGUUAACAUAAUCUCACUUGUACCCACUGAUGAAAAAGGUCUGAAGAAACUUGUAUUAAUGUAAUGUAAUAAUCUCUGAUAUGUAUGUAGGGUGUUAUGAUGCACAAACUACUUUCAGAUUAAAAUAUACUAUUUAAUUAAAAUAUACUAUUAUACUAAUUA